AUGCAAUAGGCAGAAUUAGAUUAUUAGAAGAUGAAAGCAAAAUAGGAUUUAUAAUCUGUAACAUAUUUGGCUUGAAUAAGAUAUUUUUAUUAGUUACUUUAUUUAAUGGAUUUUGCUUUCUAUUUAAUACAAAUAUAUGUUUCGGAUGGGAUUACAAAAUAAUUAUUAUAUAUGCAUGCACAGCACAAUUCGGCUUUUUGAUUUCCAAACUUCUCUCGAGUUAAGGGUAUGUAGCAGCAUAAUUUAAAUUAGGAUUAAUUCUUACUGUUGUUUUGCCAUAUUGGAAAGUACAUUAUUAAUUACUUACCUUUUGAGUUUUAUAUACAACAAAGAAGUUUCUCCAAUAAAUAUUAACUUGAUUAGCUACACUCUUCUGAUAAUCUAAUUUAUAAUAUUAGCAAUUACAAUUAUAUUGGGCAGACAGAACAUAGAGAGUGAUGGUCAUGAUUAGUCAAAGCAAAUACAAGAUAUAGUAUUUAUGAUAUGAGUGUAGUUAGUCUCAGCCGUUAAAAGUAUUGGAUCCUUAUAAAUUGUGUUUUUAAGUUUGAAAUUGAGUGAUCAAAUAAACUGGUGUUGGAUGCAAACGUUUAUUAUUAUUUGGUUCAGUAUUGGUACAAUGAUAUUGAUCGAAAUAAGCUUAUUUGUUGAUCUAUUGAUGAAGUGUUACAAUAAUAAAUUAGAAAAUAAAAAGCAGAUAAGUAAGAGUCUCAUCAUAUAAGUUUAUGGUAGUAUGUGGUUUAACAUAGUAUUCAUUGGUUUUAUUUCAAUAUCCUUACUAACAUUUUUGGGUUUGGGAUUAUUACUAGAUUAUCAGAUACCAUCAAUAAAUCUAGCUGGAUUAAUACUAACAAUACUUUAUUAUAUAUUUGAAAUUGGCUACUAUAUCAGGAAUAAGAAAGACAUAAUGUAAAAUUGUAAAGUAUAUUUAGAUCAUAUCUAAACAGCUAAGAAAAUUAAACAUAAGAAUAGAGUUAAGAAAGGAGCAAUGAACAAGCUGGCAUAAAGGAAAGAAUAAAAUAAAUUCACAGAAUAAGUAUAAGUAAGAUGCCUUAAUUUAUGAUUAAACUAUCUGCUACUUAUUUUAAAAGAUAGGAAUAAACAAGUAUAAUAACGAAACCAAUUGGAUCAAUAUUAAAUAAAGAUAAGAAAUUUCAAUCAAUAAGUUUCUCAGAGAAGAAAUAAAAUAAAUAAGUUAAAAAGCAGUCGUCAUAAAUUUAUGAUGAGGAACUUACAAAGAGGUUUGAUCAGUUAUUAUCAUCUCCUCGAUUAAAACUAGAAGUUAGCGAAAGUAUUGGUGCAGAACUAUCAAGUAGAGGAUAACCUAAAUAGAUUUAAUUAUGUUUAAUUUGCUAUGAAAAAGAAAGUAAUAUGAUUAAUCAGCCUUGUGGUCAUGGAGGAUUUUGUUAGGAAUGUUCGUAAUAAUUGUUGACAAAAAGUGAUUUGUGUUUAUUGUGCAGGAAACCUGUGACUCAUGCAUUAAUAGUUUAAGGAGUUGAGAAUCGGGAAAGUUUGAUGGAAGUUGUGGGUGUGUUUUAGGAUGUGUAGAAGUAAUGA